AGUUCCGGGUCCCGGAGACCCAGGUUCUGCCGGCUCCUUUAGCUUUCCCACAGUUAACAUGGCUGCGACUAGUUAUUCACCCAGACUGCUGUGAGCAAGGAAGGCAGGGCCCUGCGAGGCUUUGCGCACGUCGCGUCAGAGAUGGCGCUUCAGCCGCGGUUCUGGAAAUGUCUGUCAGUUUGCAGGAACCUGGAAUGUGGGUUCGCAGCCCUCUCCACCAGUUCCAUGCCGGCGGUGCAGCCCGAAGUGGAGACUAAGGAAAACGAAGCGGUGGCUCCAGAGUUCACCAACAGAAACCCUCGGAAUCUGGAGCUCUUAGGUGUAGCCCGGAAAGAACGGGGUUGGGCUACAGUGUGGCCCAACCGUGAGUUCUGGCACAGGUUGCGAGUUGUAAAGACUCAGCAUCACGUAGAAGCAUUUGUUGAGCAUCUUAAUGGCCAGGUUGUGGUUUCAGCAUCCACUCGUGAGUGGGCUAUUAAGAAACACCUUUAUAGUACCCGAAAUGUGGUGGCUUGUGAGAGCGUAGGGCGAGUGUUGGCACAGCGGUGCUUAGAAGCAGGAAUCAACUUCAUGGUCUAUCAGCCCACGCCAUGGGAGGCUUCCUCAGACUCGAUGAAACGUUUACAAAAUGCCAUGACAGAAAGUGGCGUGAUGCUUCGGGAGCCUCGAAGAAUCUAUGAAUGAAAUAGAAGUGUUAACUGUUGUUGGAAGUGUAAAUAUCAAACUACCAUCUACAGCCACCAGAAGAAAGCACCUUCAUUAAAGAAAGAAAGAAGGAAAGAAGAAAGGGAAGCAUUUGGAAGGAAAACCAGACUGAAAGCUUCAUAGCAAUAAAGCAACAGUGAAAACUUAAAGUUAGCUUCUCCACUUUUAUGUGUGCUUGUAUGGUUUCACACGGGCUUAACUUGUCUCCAUUCUUGGACAUGAGAUGUAUUUAAGGAAAGUAGUCACUAUUUGAAGAAUGAAUUAAAACAUUUAUAACAAACUGAA